CAGGGGGGCGGCGGCCUCGCUUCGUCUCUCUCUCUGCGCCUGGGUCCGGUGGGUGACGCCAAGCGCGAGAGAGAUGUCGGAUUUCGACAGUAACCCGUUUGCGGACCCGGAUCUCAACAACCCUUUCAAGGACCCAUCAGUUACACAAGUGACAAGAAAUGUUCCACCAGGACUUGAUGAAUAUAAUCCAUUCUCGGAUUCUAGAACACCUCCACCAGGCACUGUGAAAAUGCCUAAUGUACCUAGUACACAACCAGCAAUAAUGAAACCAACAGAGGAACAUCCAGCCUAUACACAGAUUGCAAAGGAACAUGCCUUGGCCCAAGCUGAACUUCUUAAGCGCCAAGAAGAACUAGAAAGAAAAGCAGCAGAAUUAGAUCGUCGAGAACGAGAAAUGCAAAAUCUCAGUCAACAUGGCAGAAAAAAUAAUUGGCCACCUCUUCCUGGCAAUUUUCCUGUGGGACCUUGUUUUUAUCAGGAUUUUUCUGUAGACAUUCCUGUAGAAUUCCAGAAGACAGUAAAGAUUAUGUACUACUUAUGGAUGUUCCACGCUGUAACACUGUUUCUAAAUAUCUUCGGAUGCUUGGCUUGGUUUUGUGUUGAUCCUACAAGAGGGGUUGAUUUUGGAUUGAGUAUCCUGUGGUUCUUGCUUUUUACUCCUUGUUCAUUUGUCUGUUGGUACAGACCACUUUACGGAGCUUUCAGGAGUGACAGUUCAUUCAGAUUCUUUGUAUUCUUCUUCGUCUAUAUUUGUCAGUUUGCUGUUCAUGUACUCCAAGCUGCAGGAUUUCAUAAUUGGGGCAACUGUGGUUGGAUUUCAUCCCUUACUGGUCUCAACCAAAGUAUUCCUGUUGGAAUUAUGAUGAUCAUCAUAGCAGCACUUUUCACAGCGUCAGCGGUCAUCUCACUAGUUAUGUUUAAAAAGGUACAUGGACUAUACCGCACAACAGGUGCUAGUUUUGAGAAGGCCCAACAAGAAUUUGCAACAGGUGUGAUGUCCAACAAAACUGUCCAGACUGCAGCUGCAAAUGCAGCUUCAAGUGCAGCAACUAGUGCGGCUCAGAACGCUUUCAAGGGUAACCAGAUGUAGAGAACCCUCCAACAGUACACUGGUACCUUCUGACUGUACUUUUUCUCCAGUUACUGUACUCUAUAAAUAUUUUUAUGUUCAAAACACAGUACACACAGCAUGUAUAUUUCCUGUUCACUUGUGCAUGGGCUAAAACCAGAAAAACUUCCUUGUCUUAUUUGCCUAUUAGUUUCUUAAUAUUUUGGUGCCCCUUGCAGAAAAAAAUAUCACAUGCUAAAUAUUCUCCAUAUUUUUUGGGGGAUGAAUGUUCAGCAAAUUAUUUCAGUGGUGACACACUGAAAUUAAUAUGGUACUUAUGAUUAAAAAUGCAUUUAGUACUAGCUGCAGUCAUUCUUUCAAAAAUCUUAGACUUAAGGAUUACAUAUUGGAACAUUAAAGCGAUGCUUCAUUCCAUUUUCCCCAUUUAUACUGAAAGAAAUAGGCCAUCAGGGACUUAGGGAUUUUAAAAUUGGCUUGCUUUUUAGCAGUUUUAGUCACCAGUGAAGAGCCUGUGUGCAUUUCGUAGUAGAUGAUGUAAAUUUUAUCCUUUUCUUUUUGUUUUAUUUUUAUAGAGUAGUUGAUAUUUUCAUACCAAUCUCUGAUCUUGCAUGGGCACCACAUUUCUUAAAAGAAUUAGUAUUUUGGCUUUUGCACUGCUUAUGGUUGUAGGAUUGCAGAGUUGCUGGUAGAAUCAAAGAAGAGAUUUUCUACAAUAGUUUCUGUUAAAUAAAAAUUUAUUGGGAUGCAAUAUGAGAACAUAAUAUGCAGUGCAUCAUCCAAAAAAGGGUAGAUAAUCAGUGGAAUAGAAUGUAGUGAUGAUAAUACUGUUUUUUGUUUUUGUUUUUUAAUUUUCAGUAUCCGUAUCAUAGAAUAUUACUGUAUGGAAACUUUGGUAUAUUCUUGUGGUUACUCAUUUUAAUUGAACUGAGAUUGUGUUUGGCAGCUCUUUUUUGGGGAGUGUGUGUGUAUAAUUUUUAACAGAGGUAUUAAAGUCUAGACUAACUCCUUGUCCAAAAAGAACAUACAGUAUUUCAGGGAUUUUUCUUUUAGCCUCUCAUCUGUAGUGGGAUUAAAAAGAAAAAGAUGCUGUUGUUUCACAUAUACUUGAAUUCCUAAUGCACCUCAGUCUUUGAACUUUUGAAACAGACUGAAUACAUUAAAAUUUUUCAGCAAUAGAAAAAAAUGAAACCUAUAACUUGCACCAAGCAAGAAAAUACAAAUACAGUUAAAUGCAUUAAUUGUGACUAUGACCAUGUUGAAAUUGUUACUAUGCAGCUUAGGAGUUCAUUCUUAGAGUAUACUUGAUUUGAAACUUUGAAUCAUUUUUAAUACUGAUUUAAUGACUCAAAGACCUUUGAAAGUCAUUAUACUGUGUUUUGGAAGUCAUUAGCUAAUUUAAGAUUACAGAAUAAUCAGUAAUGAUUUAUUCAACUUGAUUUUAAGUAAGGAUAGUCUAUUGGGUUAAAUUAUUUGAGACUGCAGAUCUUCUUUAAAAAUAAGAAUCAGAUGGGUAUAAAUAGUUAAAUCACUUGCAUUCUUUUCCCCAAAUCUGGAGGUAAAUGAAUUUCAUACUGAGGGUGGGAUGAUGAGUUCUCACUAUUUAUAAGGGAAGCUUUGUGUGAUAAUAGAUAACAUGGAUCCAUCUAGAUGGUGUUUACAUUUGAUUUAUUUGGGAUUUAUUGAAAUAAUAUACUUGGAAGAUAUUUCUUUUCUUAUGAUUAAAAUAGGAUUCAGAAAAUGAAUUUAAAGCUGUUUUUAUGAAUAUUUCUGAUUAGUAAUAAUCUCCCUACUUUGUCAAACAAGCCAGUUCAAGUUCUUUAGAUUCUAUAAUCUUACUGAAAAUCUAUUUUAUCACAGUGUGCUGUACUGAGUGUGUAUUUUACAAACAUUCAAAACAUUAACCACAAAAUACAAGAGGAGCUCUUAUAUUUAUCAUUAAUUUAUAUCUCAAGUCCAUUUCUUUUUUCUUUUAACUACAAAUGAAUAUAGAGACUUGAAAAAUACUGACAUACUUUCCUUUAAGAAUAGGAAUUAUCUCUAUUUUGUAGAAAUCCCCAAAGGUAGCAUUGUUAAAUAGCAAAUAAUUAAAACCAACAGUACCUUUUUUGUGUGUGGAUGGGGAGAAUGUUUUAAGAUCCAGUUACUUGGGUUAAUACAAGCUUAUGAGAGAAAAUUGUUUUUUAAAAACCUAAAUGUGGAUUAAAAUGAUGGCAAUACUAACAGUUUGAUAGGGUAUAGGGAUUUUAAAUUCUUAGAUUCUCUAUUCUCCUAACAAUAGUUGGUAAAUGGUCACAUUUUCCAGCAAAAGAUUGGCAUUUGUUAAUGUAUUAUAUUUAAUACUAACGUGACCCACCCAGUAUCACAGUCAUGAAAUGGUCUUCAUGUUGUAAGCAUCCAUGUCAUUUUUCAGUUUGCAAUAUUAAGUUGUGGCUGUUUUACUUCAAACUAAAAUUUGAACACUGGAAAAUCCUUGCUCAGUGAUUUGUAAUUUGGGACUUGGAUUAUUUAUCUAGGGAUGUUUGUAUAUUUUGUCAAUGAGUAAUAUUGCGCUGCCAUCAUGAUGAGUGUCAUGGUUCUAUAUAAAUGCCCUCCAUCUGUCCCUCUAAUGUUGCAUGUUUUCAGUGGUUUGGAAGUUUUGUAUAUUUAUUGUAUUAACACAGAGUGUCAUAAAAUAAAAUGCUGUUUACUGGA